GGUCCCAAAUUUUAGCCCCGCGUUCCCGCGCCUCCGGCCGGCAACAGGACCCUGCCAUAUCACGAUCAGCCUUCAACUCUAUUACCCUACUCCCACCAGUACCCACCGCUCAGACUUCAACUCACGUCAAAACUGACAUUUUUAGUUUCCACAAGCCUGCACUCGCUCCCUCCCACCAGAAAGCAAGCCAUCAUGGCAACAACAACAACAGCAACCACAACCCCGCUAACCUCAACCGCCACCACCACAACCAACCCAACAACAGACGACUUCGACAGCCUGCUCACACUAGAAGACCAGUUCUACAACCAAGGCUACAACCAGGGCAUGGCCGACGGCCUGGCGGCCGGUCGCGCCGAGGGCCGGCAACUGGGACUCGAGCGGGGGUUCCAAAAGUUUGUUAUGAGCGGGCGGCUGCAGGGGCGGGCCAUUGUCUGGGCGAACCGGCUCGGGCUGGCGGCUGCCAAUUCCAAUUCAUCAAAGGCAGGAGGAGGAGGGGCGAAGAAGGGCGGCAACGGUGGGAAGGGGGGCAGGUGGAGCAGCACGCCGACGACGGAUCCUCAGUCUCAAUCUCAGUCUGUGUCUCGGUUUCGGUCUCAUUAUCAGGUACAGAGCAGCCCAGGUUCUUCUUCAGCAUUACGGGAAGUAUUAGUAGACCCAGCGGCGGCAGUGGUGGUGGGCGGCGGCGAACAGACGGGCGAGGUGGAGCAGGAGCAGGGUUGUCCAUCAGAGGAGGGAAAGAAGAGGAGGUUACUGCUGCCGCCGCUGCCGGAUAACCCCCGCCUGGCCAAGCACAUCACCACGCUGUAUGCGUUGGUCGAGGCGGAGAGCUUGUCGACCGAGAACAGUGACGAUGCGGUUGACGACUUCGACGACCGGUUACGGAGGGCGCAGGGCCGGUUCAAGGUGAUUGAGCGUAUGGUGGGGGAAGGGGAGAACGGGAGGCAGAAGGGUGAUAGGCAAGGCGAGGGCGGCCAUGAUCUCGGGUCGGGGUCUGGGAAAGCAGAGGUGGUGGAUGUUUGAGGGGUGCGGGCGGUGUGUGGAGUGGAUGGCCGGGCUGGCUAUGGUCAGGGGAACAUAGCCUCUGCGGGGUUGCUGACCGGAGUUGAUGGUUCGUCACGGUAUAUCAAACACAUAGCCCGCGAACUAAAUCAGUUCUAUACGGCGCCUGCACACGUUAUGUACAACCCCUCAUCUGUCUUCUCCUCUCAACCUUCGAG